UAGCAUUCUUCCGGCUCUGGAUUGGUGGAAUGAGGCAUCGCCCGACUGCCGCAGACAUUUGCAAGCAUGGCUCUCAAGGCGGCCGUCGUCGUGGCACUGGUCGCAUAUGCCGUGCAAGCAGCCCAUUUCGUCGUCACUCCAAAUGACCACAAGUGCUUUUACUUGGACGUGCCAGAAGGUACAACGUUUCGUGCGGAGUACGAAUCCCCCGACACGACCGACGAAUUGAAAACCGUGCUGAAGAUCUACGGCCCGUCGACCAGUGGCGACGUUCACGAAAACGUGCCGGCGUCUAUCUCUCAGACGUUAAACCAAAAGGGAACGGUCGCGUUCACGUCCACGAGUUCUGGCGAGCAUUGGUCGUGCGUGAGCAUCGACACGCACAAAUACGUGGUCCCCGACGCCACCAAGAUGAAAUUCAAGCUCAAGCUGCGGUUCGGAACGAGCCAUGCCGAGUACGAGAACUUGGCCAAGAAGGAGCAAAUGAACGAGCUCGAGUUGGAAGUCAUGAAGUUGCGCGACCGGGUCAAGGCGAUCCAGAACCAACAGGAUUAUGCCCAGGAAAAAGGCGACAAGUUCCGCGCCACGAGCGAGAGCAACAAUGCGCGGGCCAUGUGGGUGUCUGUGAUUCAGGUGACUUUAAUUUUCUUUUUUAAUGAUACUUCAUUCAAUUGUCACUUUAAAAAUAUUUUUUUUUGCAUACUAUUCGAUAAGUUUGAUUGACGUUUUGCUCGGUUUUGAUGAAAUGUCAUUGAGAUGGCAAUUUUUGAUGAAAUUUGUGUCAAAUUUUGAUAUUAUUUGGCGGCGUAAUCGGUGAUAUGCUUGACAGAUUCUCGUGUUGCUGGUCGCGGGGGUAUGGCAAGUGCGCCAUUUGCAAUCGUACUUUCAAAAGAAAAAGUUGGUGUAAUAAUUGCGUCAAUGAAAGCACCAUGGUCAACUUGGGAA